GCAGUAGGGAGGUGGGGGGUUGUGUAGCUAGGAAGAUGAGAUAUGUAUUAAUAGAAUCAGGGUUGCGUUCAAGGUUGUCGGUGACUCCAUCCGUCCGUCCACCAGUCAGUACCAGGGGUGGAGGGUUGACAGGGUUGCUGGUGUGAAACGGGAUGUGAUUCGCAGUGUAUGGUCGGAGACCUGCAUUAGUGGGCCUUGUCUCCGCCGACCUGAAAUUGCGCCUGCGUGUUCGUUCAACGUUAUAAAGAUGGGGGACCCUGACGAUCACCCGCCUCCUCACUUGUUUCUGAAAACCUGAAAACCUGCAUCUGUCUGCUGCAUCUGGCUGAGGAACCCUCCCGCAUCUGUUAUAUCAUCCUCACCCCCCCCCGGGUCACAAUGCACAUCUCAUCCACUCUUACGUUGACCGCAACGACAGUCCUCUGUCUCCUGUCAUCGAGUCUCGCUAUCCCCUCGUCGACGUAUUCCAGAAUUGAUACCCGGGAUAUCCUCCGGCCGAGAAACUGGGACCUCCGCCUCUUCAGCCCCGGCUGCGACCCCAACACGACCUCAUUCGACCUCUCGCUGUGGCACCGGCAGGGCGUGUCCGCCACGGACGGGUGCGCCGCGCUGGACGCGGGCCUGAACGCCAGCGCCGUGGACUCGUUCUCGUGGAAGAGCCCCAGCUCGAGCAGCCCGUACGACCUGUGUCUGUAUGGGGCGGGGUGCGAGGGCGGGGCGGGGGACGGCGAUGUACAAGUGAUUCGGAGCGGGUGGGCGGUUUGCGUCCAGUAUACGGGGUGGCGGGGGUGGGGGGUUGUGGCGCAUGGGGGGGAGUGCUAGAUCCUGUGCCGGUACACGGGAGUGUAGCUGUAGCUGUGGGGUGUUGUUGUGUAGGGGA